GAAGUCCAACGGUUCUCCGCUCGCUAGCCUGCAACAGGUGCGCGCGGCAUCUGCAGGAGUCGCUCCCAGAUACACCUCUGUACGACGAGUCAGUUCAUUUGCCGGCUUCUUCGCGGUUCAGUCUGCGGCUCUCGGUGAUUCGAAUUGUUCGUGCCGUAUAUUUUAUUGUAGUCGGUGAUUUCACCCUGUUCUUUUGUGCCUGUUGCGGACUGCUGAAGAUCGGCCAUCAUGGUGUCCGGAAAACUGAUGAACGUUCGUGUCACCACGAUGGACGCUGAACUGGAGUUCGCGAUUCAACAGACGACGUCUGGCAAGCAACUCUUCGACCAGGUUGUAAAGACAAUCGGUCUUAGGGAGGUUUGGUUUUUCGGACUGCAGUACACCGACUCGAAAGGUGACUUGACGUGGAUCAAAUUAUACAAGAAGGUUAUGAGCCAAGAUGUCAAAAAGGAAAAUCCUCUUCAGUUCAAAUUCAGAGCCAAAUUCUAUCCAGAGGACGUAGCCGAAGAACUAAUACAGGAUAUCACUUUGAGGCUAUUUUAUCUGCAAGUUAAAAACGCCAUACUGUCCGAUGAAAUCUACUGUCCACCAGAAACGUCAGUUUUGCUUGCUUCUUACGCUGUCCAAGCUAGGCAUGGAGACUAUAACAAAAAUUUACAUAACGCAGGAUUCCUCUCCAAUGAUAGACUUUUACCGCAAAGAGUAAUGGAUCAACAUAAAAUGUCUAAAGAUGAAUGGGAACAGAGCAUAAUGACAUGGUGGAAAGAACAUCAAGGUAUGCUAAGAGAAGACGCCAUGAUGGAAUACCUCAAAAUCGCCCAGGACUUGGAAAUGUACGGAGUUAACUAUUUCGAAAUCAGAAACAAGAAGGGUACUGAAUUAUACCUUGGUGUAGAUGCAUUAGGCUUGAACAUCUACGAAAAAGAUGAUCAGUUGACUCCAAAAAUAGGUUUUCCAUGGUCUGAAAUCAGAAAUAUUUCAUUCAAUGAUCGUAAGUUCAUCAUUAAACCAAUUGACAAAAAAGCUCCAGACUUUGUGUUCUUCGCUCCCCGCGUAAGGAUCAACAAAAGAAUUCUUUCGCUUUGCAUGGGCAACCAUGAACUUUACAUGCGAAGAAGAAAACCAGACACCAUUGAUGUCCAACAAAUGAAAGCGCAGGCGCGUGAAGAAAAGCUUGCUAAACAACAACAAAGAGAAAAAUUGCAGUUGGAAAUCGCUGCUAGAGAAAGGGCAGAGAAAAAACAACAAGAAUACGAAGACAGAAUUAGGAGCAUGCAAGAAGAAAUGGAAAGGAGUCAAGCUAACUUAUUAGAGGCUCAAGAAAUGAUUAGAAAGCUAGAACAACAGCUCAAAGAACUGCAGGCUGCCAAGGAAGAACUAGAGAAGAGGCAGAAUGAGCUUCAAGCAAUGAUGGAGAGACUUGAAGAAAGCAAAAACAUGGAAGCUGCUGAACGUCAAAAAUUGGAAGAGGAGAUACAAGCUAAACAGAAAGAAGUUAUGCGUAUCCAGGAAGAGGUAGAACUCAAAGACACUGAGACGAAGCGCCUUCAAGAGGAAGUGGAAGCUGCAAGACGUAAAGAAGAAGAACUAAAAGCACAACAGCUAGCCAAUGCUACCAAAGGACAUCUUGAAGAAAACCACCAUGAUGAAGAUGAUGAGUUGGUGAAUGGAGAUGUUAGCAGAGACUUGGCUACUGAUGAGAACAUUGUAGAUCCUGUGGAGGACAGACGUACUUUAGCUGAAAGGAAUGAACGUCUUCAAGAUCAAUUACAGGCUCUGAAGAAAGAUUUAGCACAAUCUCGUGACGAAACUAAAGAAACUGCAAUGGAUAAAAUUCACAGAGAGAAUGUGCGCCAAGGCAGAGAUAAAUACAAGACUCUUAGAGAAAUCCGUAAAGGAAACACUAAACGCCGUGUUGAUCAAUUUGAAAACAUGUAAAAUGCAUAAUUUGCAUUUAGAAACACUCAUAUCCGUUUUAAUUUAAAAUAAUAGAUCUUCUUAUGACCUACUUCUUGGAAAAAUCAAAACUCUAGUUCGAUGUAACAACAUUUUUGUAUAUUUUAUCCUUUUUUACAUAAUUAGUGUUUUACAGAGACUAAACGAUAUUUUGCUCAUUCAAGUGGCCUUAUAACUGGAAGAAUUUCUUCAUGUUCUUCAUUUAGUUGAAACUUAAAUUUUUAAAUUUCGUUGGUAAUUGUGAUAUACUGAAAGUUUACUGAAAAUAUUAUUAAGCUGAUUUGGAAGGAAUUGUUUUGAAUUAUUAUAAAAUAGAUUCACUUUGAGCCAUACAUUUUUCCUUUCAGUUGUUCUAUGAUAUGAUUUUCCUUAAAUUGAUCCAAAACAAGUUUUAUCUUUAUUAAACAUUAAUUAAUUUCUUCAAGUUCAAUUUUUUUUUUUUUUGUUGGAUAUUUCCAACAACUGAAACUAAUUUUUUUUCAAUGGAUCAAAGUGAACCAUAGUUGAGUAUGUGAAUAAUUUUAGUGCAGACAGAAUCCAAAUCUUUGUGUUGAGUAUUGCAUUCCAUUAGACAUAUUUAAGGGAAAAAAGGUAUGAUGAAUUUAUUCGAGUGCCAUUUUGUUCACACCAUCAUGAAAUAUUCAAAAAUCAUUUUGGAAUUUCUUCCAAAGCUAGAAUCUCCAUAUCUCUACAAUAGAGUCAAUUUUUCUUCCUAUUUCAUGAAGUUAUACAAAAAAUUUAUAAUAAAAUUACGAAUAACUAAAUAUGGCCUAAUACUUGGACAUUGUCACACGAAUUAACAAAUUGAGUACGAAAAUGCAACUCCAGUCACGAUUCGAAAUUAUUUUCGACCGAAGAGGAUUCACAAAAUAACUUGCUUGUCAAGCCUGGUGCUUCCUACUUGUAAAUAGGAUUUUAUACAAAACAUUUCUUGUGUCUCUUGAAAAAUCAUUUAACUUUAUUUUUUUACUUCUAUGAAAGUAAUAAUUGAUCAACACUUUUAAAUCCUCCAGUUGUAUAUGUAUAAAUGAUUCUAUUUACCAUAAUGCCUUUCUAGAUAGGUUUGGAUGAUAUUUACACAGUAGUAUUGUUACUUUGAUAUAAUCAUAAAAAUAACUUGGUUUAGGCUUACAAAUGUUUCAAACCUUACGAUAAUAUUUGAUAUUUAUUGUAUCUCACACUUUCACUUAAUUAUUCUUUAAACAGUAUUUUUCUUCUUGGAAUAGGUUUUUAUCAAAAGUUUUUGGUUUGAGUUCCCGCAGUUUUGUUAAUAUGGAAUUUACCAUUGAAUCUUUUUUUUUCUUAUAAUCGCAUUUAUGAAAAAUUUGUUAAGUACUUGAAAUUAAAUAUUCAUACUCCAGUAGUUAUUAUAUUAUUAUAAAUAUUAAUAAAUAUAUUUGGAAGAA